UUCCCGCCGACGCUUGCUCAAGUGUACAAGUAUGCCAUCGAACCUGCCGAACCUCCGCCGACUGUUUGUCGAGGCUCGAACAGAAGUCGAAGAGAGUGCAUACUCGAGGAAUGCCUUCUACAAUCUCGUCUUGUUCAUGUCAUCCGUGGCAAUGUUCAGCCUCGUGGCUCAGAAGUUGAACGCUCAACGAUGAUGCUGCCAACAUUUCAGGACUCAACAUAACAGGCCACUGGAAUCGAGCACGUUGGCUGCUAAACGCUCACACUAUGGCGCCAUGGGCACGCGCUGACGCCUCCACAACGCUCUGGGUUGGACCGGGUCAACCAUUUACAAGGAUUCAAGCUGCAUUCAUCCCAAUCUCCGACUGCAUCGAGUACCAUGGCACGAACGAGUGGCAUCUUCUCGACAGCGACUGCAACAUCAGCCUUCGACCGUUUUCCAUGCUCUAGGGAGAUGGCUACUGGAACACGCGUCUUCACAGUGUCACAAUGCACGGCUUGGCCACACUUACUUGAAGGCUAUACCAUUGCUGGCUCAACCCUGUCGCGAAGAUGACACUCAAUCAAUCGAGAACUGCCAAGGAAUCUUCAUGAGCUCUGCGCGCGCUGC